AGCUCAACCAACGCGAACGCGCUUCCAACCUGACCUACAAAGACAUUCAAGCUCACUUUUGGAAAAUGUAGCCAUGUCCCAACUCGCCAAGGUAAAGUCCAAGGCACGCGAGCCGCCAUCGCUCUUCCUUCCUCCUUCUCCAUCGGCCUCACAUGCCUCGCUCUCUGCAACAACCGGCCCCGGCCCGGGCCACCAGUCGGGACCAGGACCAUCCUCCUCUCUCGGACCUGGCCGCGGUGGCGCAUCCCUACUCCCUUCACCGGCCGUGAACGAUACUCGACGAGCAAGUGUCGCCGCUGCCGCUGCCGCCGCCGCCAAUGCAGCAACAACCACGACCGGUUCUACUAGUCCGAAUCCCGCGACAGCCCUCAACCUCUCCAUCCCGUUGCAGCUGCCUCGAGGCGAGUCUACGCGCACCACCGAUAGGACGGAUGCGCUCUGGGCCGAGAUGCAGGCGACAUUGGAGGAGGUCGAGCUGUCAGCUAGCGGAGGCACGAGGGUGUUUGGACCGGAUCAUGAGCAGAAGCUGGCGGAGCUACGACAGGCGCAGAUUGCCCUGGCGCAGGCUUGGGCGAGGAGUGAAGCGGAUGAUGCUGUUGAGACACAGAACAAUGGGGGUACUGCAAGCGUCGUAGGAGGCGGGUUAGGGAAAACCAAGUCGUCGGUUGCCGGCACGGAACACGGUGGCCUUGGUGGGAAAUCGGAGGCGGGUGGUACAAUAGGAGGCACUGAGGGCGGAGGACCAAAGAGCACCGGGGGCGCCGGCAGCACACGGCCCAAUAGUGCCGGAGGACCUGAGAAGCUCGGCGCGAAGCUCGAGCAGGAGACUGAUGCUGACAUUCUACUUGCGAGGAAGAGACGUGAGGCCAAUGAUCACUACUUUUCGAGAGUCAACCAGGGCGUCCUCGAUGUUGUCGCCAAGUUGGAGGAUGUAGCUGUCGCCAUGCGCGCGGUCGAACAGGAGAGUAAGGAUAUCUGGGCAGACGGCGAAGACGACAGCAACCCGGGGAGUGUGAGGGCCAAUGUUUAGUCGGCGUAAGUUGAUCACAUAGCGUUUGGGACUUGAAGCGGGUAUCACCAUGGGCUUCGCAUCACCAUGGCUAGUUUGGCAUUUCUACGGUGUUGGAACUCUCGAGCAUUACCUUACUACUGCGUACCUAACUUACCUAUCUAUCAUAAUCGAUAAUUCUCACGAAUGCUUUUAUAAGGACAU